UUCCGAUUUGGGCUUUAUCAGGAAACGACAUCUAGGACUUUAAGAUUUUUGAGGCGAUAAAACUACACUUGCAGGUUGAGAGCGAAUCAUUUGCAGUCUAACAUUCUGCAAAGUUUUCAUGUCUACAGAUUGCAUUUUCCCCGUUGCAGUUAGGUUCCCGUCUGCGUAUUUGCUUUAUCCCUGCAGCGUGAGAGUGAGCUUCCCCAGCAGCCGUCCCUGUUGGUCUGAAACGAUACAUUCCUGCGCAUGACCUAGUUUCGGCAUCGCCGGCGGUUGUACAUCCUCUCAUCAGCAGAAGUUUUCAGGAGCUGCGAGCUCAUAGAAGUGAGAAGACUUGAAGGAAGCUAUAAUCAGCCGCCCUUCUGGUUGAUGUUUAAAUAAAACAAAGUCUGUCAAGUAAAGGGCUUUCAUGAAGAAAUUAAAGAGAAAUUGCAAGUAAUAGAGAAACUAGGCAUUUGCAUACUGGAGAAACCACCUCAAUCAACUAUGUGGAAUAAGACAAAAGGAGUGAAUACAUCUGGAAGAAAUUUCCCCUAGUAUGAUGUUUUUGCCCAGCUUUUUGUCAUAAACGGCUGCUGAGGAAGAGAGAAUAUAGUUUUGUAGAGAAAGAAAAAGUGUAAUGUAAAAAUGGAGAUCCCAGUUUCUGAAAUUCAAGUAGAAAGCAAGGAUGAGAAGAGAUCAGCCGUUAGUCCUCAGGGUGAGAGGCAGGAGGAGAAGGCACCGAUGCUUUGCUUCAAGAGAAGAAAGAAAUCAGCCAAAGCCACGAAGCCCAAGGCUGGCUCCGAAGCUGUCGAUGUGGCCGGGAAGUGUCCUUCAGGAGCAGGAGCUUCUGAUCAGCCGCAGCCCCCAGGGGGGGCCUGGGCCUCAAUAAAACGCCUUGUAACACGCAGGAAACAGCCAGAUUCUUCAAAGCAGCAAAAGCCCUUUGAGGCUAACGUGCAACCUGAAGUCAAUGCCGAGGAUGCUGAUCUUUCUAAGAAAAAGGCAAAAUCCAGAUUUAGAAUUCCCUGCAUAAAAUUCUCGAAAGGGGAGAAAAGACACAAUCAUUCCAGAAUUAUAGAAGAUACAGACUGCAGCAUCAAAGUUCAGGGAGAAGCUGAAAAGUUGGAUACAAAAACUCCAACCCAAUCCGAUGACCAGGCAGCAAAGGCCAAGUUGACCCAGGAUGUAAGUGGAGAUGUCUCACAGAAAGAAGGUGAUGAGGUUUGUGAACCAAACGUGAGCAACAGCAGAACUUCUCCUGGAGAGAACGUGAUUUCAGUAGAACUUGGGUUAGAUAUGGGGCAUUCUGCUGUUCAAACAGGAACUCUAAUCCUUGAAAAAGACAUUGAAACGGUUGAGGAAGAACAAAGUGUCCCACCCCAGCAAACAAGCCCACUUGAAACUUCAGAAACACAACACCAGCUACCAGGGGUUUCUGAGGCUCUCCCCUCACCUGCAACCCCGGAUCAACAAAUUGUGGAAGAAGCCAGAAACGACAUCCCAGAAAGUGGACCAAAUUCGAAAGACCAGGAAAGUGUAGAGAUUGUAGCUGAAAAGAUUAAGCCAAAAGAUACUGAACUGAGCCAGGAAUCAGAUUUUAAAGAAAUUAAAAUCAGUGCAGAGAAACCCAAACCAGAAGAAAACAAAAGAAUGGAACCCAUUGCUAUUAUUAUUACGGACACUGAAAUUAGUGAAUUUGACGUUACAAAAUCUAAAAAUGUCCCUAAGCCAUUCUUAAUGUCAGUUGAAAAUGAGGAAGUCGGGGGUUUUGCUGAGUGUGGUUUUGAGGGUAGAACUUCAGAACAAUAUGAAACACUCUUAAUACAAACAGCCUCUUCUCUUGUCAAGAAUGCUAUCCAGCUGUCUAUAGAACAGCUGGUUAAUGAAAUGGCCUCUGAUGACAAUAAAAUAAACAAUCUUCUACAGUGACUCAAUUUCCAUAUCAUGGGAAGAAAAAAUUUAACGAUGAAUUAUUUUACAUAUUUGUGGCAUUUCUUAUUCAGUAACAAGUAAGAGAUUUUCAGGUGUGGAAUUUAAAUGUACACUCACAGCCCAGAAGUGCUGAAGAAUUAAUUAAGUUUCUGAAACCCUGCCUACCAGUAACAUGCAGCCAUUUCUGGAUGGAGGAGGUCGGUACAGAUCACAGUGCAAAGUGACAUACAGGGAGUUGCUAAAAUGGCCUGUGGAGAUUGGGGUGCCUGAGGGGAGGAAGAUGUAUUUAUUGAGCACUUACAAUAUGCCAUCAUCUCUUUCAUGUCUGCUGAUGUCGCAAAGCCUGGUUUCCUCUUGAUAGUUCAACUCUGUGUAUAGGUUAACAUUGCAUUCAGUUUUCAAAGCUUUUUGUUACAGUGCACAUUUAUGCUGUUUACAAUGGUGACCAAGGUGAGCCUUUUUUUGGUGAAUGUGUUAUUUAUAGUUGUUACAGUCCUAAGCAGUAGUCUUAUCUUAAAAAAAUUGCUUUUUCCCAAUUUCAGCAAAAUAUGCAUAGUUGAAUUAAACAUGAGCGGUUUCUAGUCUUGCUCAAGUCCCUUACAAAAGCCAUUCACAGAUUACUUCAAACAGGCAAAUAACUACCAAGUGCAAAGCUGUGGGGACAGGGAGUGCAUUUUCCCUCUCCGUCCUUCUUCUGCCCCACACAGACUUGUAUAAAUCCAUUUCUGCAUGGGAUCAUCUGAUGAAAAGGUAAAAACAAACAAAACAACAGCAACAACAAAUGCAAAAAGAGUGGAAUAUUAUUUUCCAGCCAGGAGAAGGCAAACUUCCCCAGUACAAGCCAUCACAGAGCACAAGGACUCCUGUUGCAGGAGUACUUCUCCAGAGACCAUACUCCUCAGAGUGCGAGAGCGGAUUCAAAGCCAGCCUGGCAGGAAAAGUCCUAGGAAAUCGUAAUAAUUUAGUAAAAAAUAUUAUUCAUCCUUGACCAAGAAUGAGCCAAGUACAAGGUUGAAUAGAAAGUUAAAAGUUACUGCUAAUGCACAUUUUAAAUGUCAGUAUUCUUUCAUGGUGCCCAUGCGUUCAGAGACACCAGUAAAAAAACAUUUCACGUGGACAUUGAAAAUUAAAUUUUUCAUCAGGGUUUGUUGUUUUUUUUCAAUACAGCUAAUCCCUUACCAAAAAAAUGAACUUAUAACAAUGAGAAGGGCUUAUCUGCAUUUUACUCAGUUACUUAAGUCAUUGAUUUCAUCAAUGAUUUGCCAUACUUUUUGAAAAAGUGAUUCUAUUUCCACCUUUCUUCUGGCCGUGAUACUAUAAUAUACUUCCUCACCUCACAGGUUAGGCUUCGUAUUGUAUAGUCCCCCGCUGUCUACACUGAGAGACGGUGUUACUUCGAAAGUAGAUAAGUAAUGAAGCGCUUGCACUAGAGUUGUAUGUGUGAUUUGUACAUUCCUAGAAAAAAGAAUGUCCUUUAGAUGAUUUUAAAUGGUCUGGUGACUUCAUGAAGUAUUUAUGGAUUGCAUAUAGAAAGUAUGUGUUAAUUUGUCCAGUAGAAUCUUUUUUUUUUUCCUGUAAGUACAUAUUGAGACCUCUGGCAGAAGAACCUAAUCCGACUUUGAAACUGAACUAAAUAAUGGAUAUUAUUAGCAAGAUUCUUUACUGAAUCGAAAAAGCAUUCCUCAGAUUUCCCUACCUUCAUGCUUAUAAACUUGGGAUGGGGGGAUCCACCCAAAUCCUUCAAUUUAGCAAGAUGAAAAGUGGAUCUUUCAAAACACAUGACCCAAUACACCAAUUUCUUUUAUUUGUACAACUUUUAAACAUUUAAAAAAAAAAAAGACAGCCAAAUCAUACUCCCUAAAAAUACUCUUUUUAAUUCACUAUAUGUGGUGCUAAUGGACUUGGACAGCUACCAGCAAAAUAUCAAAUAUUUAAAAGUGAACAAUUUAGACCUGAUUAGAGUUGGUACAUUUUACAGAGUUUUGAGGAAUCCUGUCUUCAUUUACUGCAAGGAUGGCUCGAGCCAACAUAACUUGCACUGCAAGUUUUUAAUCUCUCAUAGGUGAGCAAAAAGCACAGCGCUUAUCAGUUAUUGAAAAUAUUUUGAAAGGUUUAGGUGUAUUUGGGAAUUUUAAAAACAUACUAGGGAAAUAUGUGUAAUGAAUUUUCUUUUUUAAGAAAGUAAUAUUUUAUCUAGUCCUGUGUUUCCACACAUCCCCCUCUGGUUUGAUACAUGUUUUUUAUUAGAAUGUAUUAUAAUGGGUUGUUUUUGUGAUGUAUUUUUAUUAGAAUGUAUUAUAAUGAAUUGUUUUUA